AUGGCCGAAAACACCGAUAGCGUCGCGGACCACAGGCAUGAGUGUCGUGGGCCGUGGACCACAGUUCUUACCACGGUGCCGCCAUGGGACUGUCAGUGGCGGGAGACGGGCCUUCGUAGAUUUUAUGCUGCGAAGGACACCGUCGAUUCAGCCAAAGGCAUCGCGAAGACUAUGCUAAUUGACCGGUUACAAAGCUUAAUUGCGGUGCUUAUCACAUUAAUUGGCGUUUUGCUUGCAAAUUCGGCUUCAGAACCUAUAUUACCCACGGAUUUUUUGAACGAAACGCAUCGUCAGAGCAACAACAAAAGUCUGAACAAAAACUAUCAAGACUGGUUAGGCGGAGAAGAGACGUCGAUAGAAGAAGAGGUAGCCGACCACCAUUGGCUGUCUAGUCGUAAGAGCCAAGAAUAUCUAGUCGCUGUCGGUGGUCAGGAAGACUGUUGUCCGUCACAGAUGGAAAUGAUCGAACCGAACGGCGGAAGUAACCCAGACGGGCUGUACGUUGAGCUUUUCAGUGACGGGGCCGACAAGCAGAGGUUCUACGAGGUGUCGUGCAAGCCGGGCGUCGAGGGCAAGCCGUGUCUGUUCAUGGAGCGCAAGCUGCACGCUCACUCGACGUGCGUGCAACGGUAUUCGUAUUCGUACGCGAUCGUGCGCGAGGAGAACGCCCGGCACCACCACGGCGUGAGCAGUGGACAGUACAACAACAACGGCGGCAAGCAGACGUUCCAGUCGCUGUUCCCGAACGACAACAACGUUUGGAAAUUGGAUUACAUAAAGGUGCGCAGCGGGUGCGCGUGCAUGGUGCAGACGCCCAAGAAAAAGCAACAAAAGCAGAGGCGGAAGAACGGCGGCGGCGGCGGUGCGGGGGGCAGCAGUGGCGGCGGCAAGAGCAGGUCGCAACAAUGA